UUUAUAAGAAAAAAAAUUAUAUAUAAUAAUUUGAUUAAUUCAUUCAAUACUUCACUAAGCUUAUUAAAAACAUAUAUUUCUCAAAAACUCUGCUAUGUAUAUAAUACACCCUCGCGCAUGUUUCAUCUGUUGCCACCAAAUUGCAAACCAACUAACCACACAAAGAAAACUCUUUUCUUCUUCUUUUUUAUUUUUUCGUUUUCUCUUCCGAAUUUUUCAUGGAGAGAUCAAUGAACAAUGGUUUCAUUAUGAGCAAACAUGAAACAACGGCGUUUUCAGGCGACCAAACUCCGGAGGAAAGCAGCUGGACUAUGUACUUUGAGGAUUUCUUCGAGGCUUCUUCAAGCAUAGUGCACGUCGGAGAUUGCAGCUCUUCCUCCAUCUCCGACGCAGCGUCGUGCGUGGACACUAAGAAGACCAUCCACGUGUCUAAGCAAGAAGGAUCUAAGAACAUCAAGGGGACAAGAAAUAGAGAGAUUCCUUUUGGUCGUCAUCAUGAUCUUGAAGACACUGCCUCUUCACCUUCUCAUAGCCCUAACGUCUAUAGCAUGAUGAACCACCUAUUGGACAACAAUACGAGACACGGGAGUUGCAUCGUUGGUGAUGACACAAAUAAUGAGAAAAGAGAGAAUGCGUUGCAAAACCAAGGUGGAUUAUCAGUAGCAUUGGAGAAAAAGGGGCUUUGUUUAGUUCCUUUGUCAAUGGUCACCAACUAUCUUGGUUGAUAAAUGAUUCAUUCUUUUGGUGUCCAAUAUUUUUUUUCCUUUUAGAAUAUAAAUAUUUGGUAGAUAUUUUCAGUCAUAUAUGUAAUGUAACAGUUGAGAUAUGCUUGUGUAACAAAUUACAUAUGGCAAGUGAGUUGUACGGGUGCA